CCACCUCCACCUCCACUUCGCUCGCUCCCGCUCUCGCCAUGGCCGCCGCGCCCGCGCCAUGAGGUGGCCGCCACCGCCACCGCCACGCCACUCCUCUCCUCUACCCUGCCGCGCGGUGCUGUUUCCUCGUCCGUCCCCAUGCUCCCGCGCUGCCUCGUCGCCGUCGCGGUUCUCCUGCUCGUCGCGUCCCACGCCGCGCGGGGGGAGGAGCGGCGGCGGCUGCUGCUCGCGAGGCAGGACGUGCUCGCGCUCCACGGCCUGCGCGGGUCGAUCGGGGUGCGGGCGGAGUACUGGCCGGUGAAGCGCUAUCCCUGCAGCUGGACUGGCGUCGUGUGCCGCGCCGGGCGCGUCGCGGAGCUCCGUCUCACCGGGCUCCGCCGCACCCGCGCGGGUGCACGGAGCCAGGGGUUCACCGUCGACCCGCUGCGGGAGCUCACGGCGCUCGAGGUUUUCAACGCCUCGGGGUUCCCGCUCCCUGGUCGGAUCCCGGCGUGGUUUGGCACCGGCCUCCCGGCGUCGCUGGAAGUCUUGGACCUCCGCUCCACCUCCGUCAAUAGCACGCUUCCAGCCGAUCUUGGCAUGUCCGGGAACCUGACGACCCUUGACCUCGCCGGUAAUAGCAUCUCCGGCUCGAUUCCGGCGACAUUGUUCCUCAUCAAGGGCCUCAAAUUUCUCGAUCUUUCUGACAACAAUCUCACCGGGGAGCUACCAAACGUGUCUAUCUCUGCCGGUGAUGGAACCGGAGUUUUCAACGCUUCCGGGAAUUCGUUGUACGGUGCCAUUGGAGAUGUGCUUGGGCCCCUCAGGAAGAGAUUUCGUCAGGUUGAUUUGUCGAGAAAUUACUUCACUGAGGUGAUUGGAACUGGAUUUGGGAACAGCUCCGAUGGAGCAGUGGACAUAAACAUGAAUUGCUUGUCCGGAUCAAGCCAGCGAAGCCAGGGGGAUUGUGAAGCAUUCUACAAGAGGAUUGGUGUUUCAUUGCCAGAGCCACCAAAUGCAUUGCCAUCACCAAGCAAGAAAGGGGUGAAGUGGAAGUAUGUACUUGCCGGAGUCCUGGCAGCCGCAGCAUUUUUGGUGGUUCUUUUCCUUGUAGCAUUAGUGUUCUGCUUGAUGAAGAGUGGGGGACGGCGACCGAGAGGAAGAGGGUUGGAGCAGAAUGAGGAAGGGAUUCGUUCGGGGCGCAGGAGUAGCAGCGUUAAUCCUGUGAUGCUGUCAUCCAUGGCAGCAUCACCGGCAGCAAAUGGUGCUGUGAAAGGUCUGCCUACCAUUGUAGAUGAGUUCACCUAUGAGCAGUUGCAUAAUGUUACUGGGGGUUUUGGGGAUGACAAUCUUGUCAAGCAUGGGCACUCUGGGGCCAUUUACCUUGGUGAACUGGAGAGUGGCUUCAAUGUUGUUGUCAAAAAGGUUGAUCUGAAGAGCAGUAAUAAGAACUUGGGGGAAUUGGGCUUCCUUGCAAAGAAUUCCCAUGGGAGGAUUGUUCCAUUGCUGGGGCAUUUGGCCACAGAUGAGGAGGAAUUGCUGGUCUACAAGUACAUGGCAAAGGGAGACUUGACUUCCGCAUUGCACAGGAAGUCAGUGGAUGCUGAGGAGGGGCUGCGCUCGUUGGAUUGGAUAACAAGGCUGAAGAUUGCCAUUGGUGUUGCUGAGGCAUUGUGCUUCCUGCACGAUGAGUGUAGUCCACCAUUGGUUCACAGAGAUAUCCAGGCAAGCAGUGUGCUUCUUGAUGACAAAUUUGAAGUGUGUCUUGGAAGUUUGAGUGAUGUAUGCACUCAACAAAGUGAGGGAAGCAGGAGUUUCUUCUCCAGGAUGUUGAGAUCAUCGAAGUCUCUUGACAAGAACGCAUCAGGUCCACCAGCUAGCUGCUCGUAUGAUGUAUACUGCUUUGGAAAGGUGCUACUGGAGCUAAUCACCGGGAAUUUUGGUGUGAGCGGCUCAAAUGACACUGGUUCAGAGGAGUGGUUGGCAAGAACACUGGAUUUUAUUGACGCCCAUGACAAGGAGGGUCUUUCAAACAUUGUAGACCCUUCACUUGUAGUAGAUGAAGACCACCUAGAAGAGGUAUGGGCAGUCUCCAUUGUUGCGAAGACAUGCCUGAACCCAAAGCCCUCCAGGCGUCCACUGGCUCGGUACAUCCUGAAAGCAUUGGAGAACCCGCUGCGGGUGGUGAGGGAGGAAUUACAGUCGAAUUCAUCACUCACGAGUACUUCAUCUCGAAGCUCUUGGCAUUUUGCUUUUCAUGGGGACUCGCGCAGGAGCUCGGAGCUCAGGCCAACAUUGGGGCAGUCAGCCAGGAAGCAGUCAGUGAAGUCACAAGGAAGUGACGAGGAUGAGGACGAGGAGGAGGAUUCAUUCUCCUUCAAGAGGGCUUCAAGGGAGAUUCUCCCUGACCCGGUAGAGUUGGAAAAGGAUGCAGUUGUGUAGAAUUCACCACAGAUUAGCAAUACAUGCUACUGAGAUUUCAUCUCAGUGUGUAUAAUUCAUCCUCUGAUGCGCAUCUCCUGAUGCCUCUAGGUGAAAAAACUGUGCAUAUAGGAGUUAGACUUGUUUCUCUUUUUCCUUUUCAUUUCAGUGUUGUGUAAUCUGUAACUGAGAUUUUGAGAAUAAGUGGAGCACAAGGGUGCGCGGUGCUUGAAAUGCAAGCGGCCAGAAAUUUUCGUAGACAA